AUGGCAUCUUCAGUUGGCUCGGCACAGACAGCGGCAUCAUCACUUUUGCCUAAAACUGAUUAUCGUGUCCAUGGCGAACUGGUUUUCGAGAAGGCCCAAUACGAUAAGAUUCCUGUGAAUGACAGAGGCGCCAUCCGGAUAUUGAAAGUCCAUUGCGCGUCAUCCGACCACGAUGAUGUGGUUUGCGAGCUUAUAACCGGAACUAUUCUGAGUUACAAGGAAUGUAAAGAACAUAAACCGCACCCCUUAGAAUUCAAGCCUUACGAUGCUCUCUCAUGGUGUUGGGGCAAGGGGCGACAGAACGGGAAGAUAAAUAUUCGGCUCGACGGAGUGAGCUACGUGAAGUUCGUCCAGCCUAGCUUGGUUUCCGCACUACGAGCCCUUCGGCAUAGAAACUGUGACCGACAUAUAUGGGCUGAUGCAAUCUGCAUCAACCAGGACUAUAAACCAGAGAAGAACAGUCAGGUCGAAAUGAUGGCGGACAUUUAUGGCAGAGCUGAUUGUGUGCGAAUUUGGCUUGGUGAUCUUGACAAGUCCGCUGAGCUUGCCAUACUCUUUAUCAAGCAGCAGGUGCUCCAAUUGCAACACUUCGACGAUUUGUGCCGAAGCAGUGAGUUUAGCGAGAAGUGGAAAGCUUUACUGGAACUCAUGCAGCGUGAAUGGUUCUCGCGUCGCUGGGUUGUGCAGGAGGUCGCUUUAGCUCCCAAGGCCAUCAUUCAUUGCGGGUCAGCAAAACUUUCGUGGAAUAAAUUCGCUGUCGCUGUCGAGCUUUUUGUCGAGGCAGAGACAGCUACCCAUAGAUUGUCCGAGAUCAUGAAAACAGAUACCAAAACCAAUCACGUACCCAGGUAUUUCGAGUACAUUUCACAGUUGGGGGCGAGUCUCUUGGUCGACGCGACGGGAAAGCUGUUCCGCGACUAUGAUUAUAUCAGACGAUUGCAGCCCCGAUCGAAACCAGCAAGGAGCAAACCCAAGACUACUCCUGAGAUGCUAAUAGAUCCACCUCCCGACACACUUGAUCGCGAGCCUGAGGACGAUGAGGUGAAGACUCUAGACGCCAUGGCAAAAGCCCAACCUCUCCUGACCCUCGAGUACUUGGUAUCCAACCUUUCAAUCUUUGACGUCACCAAUGCGCACGACUCUAUCUAUGCACUACUAGGAAUCUCGAAGGACACUACACCGACAGCUGCGAAUAAAAAAUUACUCGUUACGGAUCAUACCCAAGCAGUUCUAGAGAUGUUUACCGAAAAGAAGCAAUACAAUGUGGACUAUACCGCCGAUUAUAUCGAUAUCUGUAAAGAGUUUAUCGAAUUCUGUGUGCGUCAGAACGCGCACCGCGAUCCGUCGAGGGUGCUUGAUGUUAUAUGUCGACCAUUUGCAAUAGAGAUCGACCAGAAACCAGAUGAGCUGCCUUUCCCUUCUUGGGUCCCUCGGUUGUCAAAAGCAUCAUACGGCAUGGAUCGUGGGCCGGGUAUCGAUGGGCUAAGAAUGGGUCGCAAAAAUGCCGAUUCGCUAGUCGGCCUGCCCAACGUCACACACCGAAACUAUAAUGCGGCCGAGACGAAGAAGUUGGAUGGGAAGGUAUUUCGAUUUCGUAAGAGGACAGUCCCAAAACCAAAGGUCAAUGGGAAGCCAGCCGAUGCCGAAGAGGGCCAGCAAGCAGUCGCCUCUCACUCAGCAUCGUCUUCCACUACGCAAGAGGAUGACACUAAAGAGGAAACCACUGAAGUUCCAUCAUCUGCAAAAACAAAAGAAUUUGGCGGGCCGCGAAAGUCUGUUGAGCCAAGCAACGCUGGCGGGGCUCGUCCGCAGUCAACUUUGGCUGCAUCUUCGGCAACCCACGCGAAAGAUGCCGCUCAGAAAGUCGUGAAUCCAAUUGCUGCACCUGAAAAAGGUAAAUCUACAACGAUAGCCUCCCCAGAGUUACCCAUGAACACGACAUCGAUGCCGGCUGUUUCUCAACCAUCCUCAGAGAGCACUCAUCCGAUUCUCAAUCAUUUCAGCCUUUUUGUCCGAGGAUUUGUACUGGAUACCAUAGUCGAGCUCCAGAACUCUUCUCAGAGUGGGUCGAUACCGACUGCAUGGGCAAAUUUUGCCAACUGGGACAUGAUAACCACGCCACCUGAGCAUUUCUGGAGGACAUUAGUGGCAGACAGAGGGAGCGACGGGAAGAACCCUCCGGUCUACUAUGCGCGUGCUUGCCAGGAAUCUUUCCGCAAGGGCAAUACGACAUCCGGUGUUGUUGAUACUACUGGUCUUAUUGAGCAUGAGCGCAAUUCAGUAGUGGCACAAUUCUGCCGCCGCGUACAAGCCGCGAUCUGGAACCGGGCUCUGGUGAAGACGAAAGCUGGACGUCUGGGACUGGUCGCGAGUAACGUAAAGGAGGGUGACCUUGUAUGCAUUCUCUACGGAUGCAGCGUGCCUGUGAUACUC